AAAACAUUGCUGUCUGAAACAAGUGCUCAGUCUUCAAAAUCCCCAUCCCUCUCUUCCAAGCAGCAGCAUCAGCCAAGUGCCAGUUCAAUUUUAGAAAGUCUGUUUCGAUCUUUCGCUCCAGGAAUGUCCACCUUCAGAGUACUCUACAACUUAGAAGUUCUAAGCUCCAAACUCAUGCCAACAGCUGAUGAUGACAUGGCAAGAAACUGUGCAAAAUCCUUUUGUGAGAACUUCCUCAAAGCAGGAGGUUUGAGUUUGGUUGUAAAUGUCAUGCAGAGAGAUUCCAUCCCAUCAGAAGUAGACUAUGAAACAAGGCAGGGAGUUUAUUCCAUCUGCCUACAACUUGCAAGAUUUUUACUUGUGGGACAAACACUGCCGACAUUAUUAGAGGAAGACCUCACCAAAGAUGGCAUAGAAGCACUCACUUCUCGCCCGUUCCGAAAUGUCAGCCGGCAGACAAGCAGGCAGAUGUCCUUAUGUGGUACCCCGGAAAAGUCAUCCUACCGACAGCUGUCAGUGUCUGACAGGUCUUCCAUUAGGGUUGAGGAAAUCAUCCCUGCUGCUCGAGUUGCAAUACAAACAAUGGAAGUCAGUGAUUUCACAUCUACUGUGGCUUGUUUCAUGAGAUUGUCAUGGGCUGCAGCUGCAGGACGGCUUGACCUCGUUGGGAGUAGCCAACCAAUUAAAGAAAGUAAUUCUCUGUUUCCUGCUGGAAUUCGAAACAGGCUCAGCAGUUCAGGAAGCAAUUGCAGCUCUGGAAGUGAAGGGGACCCGGUAGCCCUGCAUGCAGGCAUCUGUGUGCGACAACAGUCCGUGUCCACCAAAGACUCACUGAUUGCUGGAGAGGCUUUGUCUCUUCUUGUUACAUGCUUACAGCUUCGGAGCCAACAACUGGCAUCUUUCUAUAACUUGCCCUGUGUUGCUGAUUUUAUCAUUGAUAUUCUGCUUGGAUCACCAAGUGCUGAGAUUCGCCGUGUUGCCUGUGAUCAACUGUAUACUCUUAGUCAGACAGAUACUUCAGCCCAUCCAGAUGUGCAGAAGCCAAAUCAGUUUCUCCUAGGUGUGAUUCUCACUGCUCAGCUGCCUCUCUGGUCCCCAACUAGUAUUAUGCGAGGAGUCAAUCAGAGACUGUUAUCCCAGUGCAUGGAGUAUUUUGAUCUGAGGUGCCAAUUAUUAGAUGAUCUGACAACUUCAGAAAUGGAGCAGUUAAGAAUCAGCCCAGCUACCAUGCUCGAAGAUGAGAUUACUUGGCUGGAUAACUUUGAACCUAAUCGCACAGCUGAAUGUGAGACCAGUGAAGCAGAUAACAUCUUAUUGGCAGGACACUUACGGCUCAUCAAGACCCUUCUUUCACUCUGUGGGGCAGAAAAGGAAAUGCUUGGUUCAUCACUCAUUAAACCAUUGUUAGAUGACUUCCUUUUCCGAGCUUCUAGAAUUAUUUUAAAUAGUCAUUCUCCAGCUGGCAGUGCCGCCAUCAGUCAACAGGACUUUCAUCCAAAAUGUAGUACAGUGAAUAGCCGAUUGGCAGCCUAUGAAGUCCUUGUAAUGCUGGCUGAUAGCUCCCCUUCAAAUCUUCAAAUUAUUACAAAAGAACUACUUUCUAUGCAUCAUCAACCUGAUCCUGCUCUUACCAAGGAGUUUGAUUACCUUCCCCCAGUGGAUAGCAGGUCCAGCUCAGGGUUUGUGGGACUGAGGAAUGGUGGCGCUACAUGUUACAUGAAUGCAGUCUUCCAGCAGCUAUAUAUGCAACCUGGUCUCCCGGAGUCAUUACUUUCAGUGGAUGAUGACACGGACAAUCCAGACGAUAGUGUAUUCUACCAAGUGCAGUCUCUCUUUGGGCAUUUGAUGGAAAGCAAGCUGCAGUACUAUGUACCUGAGAACUUUUGGAAGAUUUUCAAGAUGUGGAACAAAGAACUUUAUGUGAGAGAACAACAGGAUGCGUAUGAAUUCUUCACCAGUCUCAUCGAUCAGAUGGAUGAAUAUCUCAAGAAAAUGGGGAGAGACCAAAUUUUUAAGAAUACUUUUCAGGGCAUCUAUUCUGAUCAGAAGAUCUGUAAAGACUGUCCUCACAGAUAUGAGCGCGAGGAAGCUUUCAUGGCUCUCAAUCUAGGAGUUACUUCCUGUCAGAGUUUGGAAAUUUCUUUGGACCAGUUCGUUAGAGGAGAAGUUCUAGAGGGAAGUAAUGCAUAUUACUGUGAAAAGUGUAAAGAAAAGAGAACAACAGUGAAAAGGACCUGUAUUAAGUCGUUACCUAGUGUCUUGGUCAUCCACCUGAUGAGAUUUGGAUUUGACUGGGAGAGUGGACGCUCCAUUAAAUAUGAUGAACAGAUAAGGUUUCCCUGGAUGCUAAACAUGGAGCCUUACACAGUUUCAGGAAUGGCUCGCCAAGAUUCAUCUUCGGAAGUUGGUGAAAACGGGCGAAAUAUGGAUCAGGGAGGUGGAGGAUCUCCACGAAAAAAAGUUGCCCUCACAGAAAACUACGAACUUGUCGGUGUCAUUGUACAUAGUGGGCAGGCACAUGCAGGCCACUACUAUUCCUUCAUCAAGGACAGGCGGGGAUGUGGAAAAGGAAAGUGGUAUAAAUUUAAUGACACAGUUAUAGAAGAAUUUGACCUAAAUGAUGAGACCCUAGAGUACGAAUGCUUUGGAGGAGAAUAUAGACCAAAAGUUUAUGAUCAAACGAACCCAUAUACUGAUGUACGCCGAAGAUACUGGAACGCCUAUAUGCUCUUCUACCAAAGGGUGUCUGAUCAGAACUCCCCUGUGUUACCAAAGAAAAGUCGAGUCAGCGUUGUGCGGCAGGAAGCUGAGGAUCUCUCUCUGUCAGCACCAUCUUCACCAGAAAUUUCACCUCAGUCAUCUCCUCGGCCCCAUAGGCCUAACAAUGACCGGCUCUCUAUUCUAACCAAGCUGGUUAAAAAGGGCGAGAAGAAAGGACUAUUUGUGGAGAAGAUGCCUGUUCGCAUAUACCAGAUGGUGAGAGAUGAAAACCUCAAGUUUAUGAAGAACAGAGAUGUGUACAGUAGUGAUUAUUUCAGUUUUGUUUUGUCCUUAGCAUCAUUGAAUGCUACUAAAUUAAAGCAUCCGUACUAUCCCUGCAUGGCAAAGGUGAGCUUACAGCUUGCCAUUCAGUUCCUUUUUCAAACUUAUCUACGGACAAAGAAAAAACUCAGGGUUGACACUGAAGAAUGGAUUGCCACUAUUGAAGCAUUACUUUCAAAAAGUUUUGAUGCUUGUCAGUGGCUGGUUGAAUAUUUUAUUAGUUCUGAAGGACGAGAAUUGAUAAAGAUUUUCUUGUUGGAGUGCAAUGUGAGAGAAGUACGUGUCGCUGUGGCCACCAUCCUGGAGAAAACCCUAGACAGUGCCUUGCUUUAUCAGGAUAAGUUAAAGAGCCUUCAUCAGUUACUGGAGGUACUACUUGCUCUGUUGGAUAAAGAUGUUCCUGAAAAUUGUAAAAACUGUGCUCAGUACUUUUUCCUGUUCAACAGUUUUGUACAAAAGCAAGGAAUUAGGGCCGGAGAUCUUCUUCUGAAGCAUUCAGCUCUGCGACACAUGAUCAGCUUUCUCCUGGGGGCCAACCGGCAGAGCAGUCAGAUACGUCGAUGGAGUUCGGCACAAGCACGAGAAUUUGGGAACCUUCACAAUACAGUGGCAUUGCUUGUCUUGCACUCAGACGUCUCUUCCCAAAGAAACGUUG